AUGGCCUCGGUUGAGCGGUCUUUGCAGAGCAGGGAUGUGUUUCCAAGUGUCGAAGUAAUUUCCAAAAAUGCGAUUGUGGCCGAAUUUUGCCAUCUUCUAGAAAAAUCUAAGCAACUUUUCAAUGGGCUUCGCGAUCUUCCGCAAUACGGGCACAAACAGUGGCAAACCUAUUUCGGCCGAACUUUUGAUGUUUAUACUAAAUUAUGGAAGUUCCAGCGCCAUCAUCGAGAAGUUUUGGAUGAUGUUUAUGGUCUAUCUCGUUGGCAGAUCGGCGAAAUCGCCUCUAAAAUUGCACAACUUUACUACCACUACUAUUUAAGGACUAGUGAUACGUCCUACCUUAUGGAGGCUUUUUCAUUUUUCACUGCAAUUCACGAGAGAAAGUAUUUUUCUCAGAUCAGUAAAGAUGAUGCUACUGAGCAGGCGGUAAAAAAGCUACGUUACUAUGCGCGAUUUAUUAUUGUUUGUCUUCUGUUGAAGCGUGUGACUACUGCUCGAGAGCUUAUCAAGGAAUUCAAUAUACAUAUUUUGGAUCAUACGAAUAAUUUUGAUGCCGUUGCACAAGCGGAGUGGAGCAGUGUUAUUAAACAGAUUCAGUCUUUUGUCGAUGCCGAUAAUAUCUGCACCAUUUUAAACGUCGAUUCAUCACCGGUUAUUGUCAGUGCUCGAUUGACUCAAUGUACUUGUCCACCAAUUGACACAGGCAAUAAUUUUCGAAGUCUUGAACUUUCUGAGAUCAUAAUUGUCGGAAAUACAUUUGACCAAGUUAAAUUCAGUGAAAUAACCAUCGACAUGUUCCGCAUACUUCAAUGUGUUGAACGCGAUCCUAAAGAUUGCUCUCGUCGAACCUCGGCCGCACUUUUCCCCCAAAAAAGUUUUGAAAAUGGCGAUGGAUAUGAACUUCCUUUUCCUAGUCCCAGUUUGUCGGACAAGAGAUUUAAAAAUCCCCACAAAUAUCUACUCUAUAAGCCCUCCUUUUCGCUAUUCAAUACCUUCAUGGCAACUGGGUUCAAGGAUCUUCCCUCAGAUGGGGCCCUUCUGCUCUACAUUUCAGCUGAUGGGCUGACUUGGUCCGAAAACUUUGCACAUCCUGAAGCAUCUCUGGCCAGUGGAUUCGACUUCGGUGGCGUUGUAACUAAUCCCCUUCGAGAGGGAAGCACUGGGCCUAAAACCAAACUCAAGCCAUAUCACCGUGAUCCCCAUUGUAUCCAUCCCGGAGAUCUUCUUGCCUAUACUCGCAAACCUCUCUUUCUGAUUGUCGAUAGUGAUAACAGCUCUGCAUUCAAGAACUUCCAAAGCCUUUUCAGUCAGCCACUGGUGUGCUUACUUUCUCCCAACACUCUUCCCACAGUACACGAUUGUGAUAGGCGAAAAGGAAAUCUUUUCACACUCUUCUUGCAUUCUCCGCUUAUGGGUCUUCUGCAAGUCUGUCGGUUCUCCAACAUCUCACUAAAGACUUGGGAACGAGCCGCAUCACUGGUCGAUUCCUUUAUGGGUGAAUGCUGCCGAAUUCUCCUCAGAGCUCGUCAACUUGAUCCUUCCAUUCAACAAUUCCUCUACGUAGAUUUCCUUCGAAUUUUCAUUCUACGUUUCUGUUUCUGUUCCAUGGUCUUCCGGCUACAUCGUGACUUCCAUGACUACCCCUCCUCCCAACCCGCUUUCCCUAUCUCAGAUAUUAUGGAGAGUCGUAUUCUGCAGAAAAUAUUUUCCGAUUUAACCCGCUUACUUGAAGUCGAAUCCCAGUUUGCUACUCCGACUGAUUUUUCACGGGAUUGGCUGGAAAGGAAGGUGGGAUUGGUGGAAUCUUAG